CCCAGAUCACGCUCAUAAAUGCAACACCCACUCCCCUCCAAUCCCAACCGAACACGUACGCCUCUAAGGAAUCCAAAGACACCCGCUCCUCUCUCUCAACGAACCCCGACCUCAACGCCGUCCACGUCACCACCAAUUCCCCCCACGUAUCGGAUUACCUGGAAUCGCCGGUGACCAACAAAACAAGCCAUCGAUUCUCUUCCUCCCUUUCUCUCCCAGACCUACAUUUUCCCCUUUCUAGGGUUUUCACUCAUUCAUUUAUUUCACCACCCAGAAUCAUUCUCAUUCUUGCGCCGUGAGAAUGUCCAAUUUCAACCUCAUUUCGAGGAGGUUUGAUUCCUACUGCUGAUUGUGUAAUUGAUUCUUGGAUGGGAAGGAACCUGAUUCCGAUAAGAUAAGAUAGGCCUGGAUUGGGUUUGUGAUCCGGAGCAAAUCUGCGGUGGGUUUGAUUUUGUCAGCACAUUGUGGAAGCGAGGUGAUCAGGUCGUCUUUUUUUUUUUAUGAUAUCCGAGUGAAAAUGGCAGCAAGUACGGAUUUUUCGCCGCCGACUACGAUAUUUGAAGGUGUUUGCUACAAUGACAACAUGUCUGCCUUGGAUGAUGAUGAUGAGAAUGAUGUCCACAGUUUGAAGCAUUUUCCGAAUGGAAAGCCGCCGAGGGUAAUGCGGCACAGUUUGAGCUCCAUGAGGAUUCUCUCACCUGAGGAUUUGUUGGAAGUUGGGGUUGUAGCUAGUAAGUCACCGUCGAAUGAAAACACAAACUUUCUCCCAGUGUUCCGAUCAGGAAGCUGUGCUGAGAGAGGGCCGAAGCAGUAUAUGGAGGAUGAACACGUUUGCGUGGAUAAUCUUGUUGAACAUUUGGGUGAAACAUCUGGCUUCCCAUCACCUGGUGCUUUCUAUGGGGUAUUUGACGGCCAUGGAGGCACAGAUGCAGCAUCGUUUAUCAGAAACCACAUUCUUAGAUUCAUAGUUGAGGAUUCACAUUUUCCAACUUGUUUGGAGAGGGCUAUUCAGAGUGCCUACAUGAAAGCUGACCAUGCAUUUGCAGAUGCAAGUUCUCUUGAUAUCUCCUCUGGCACCACCGCUCUGACCGCCCUUAUUUCAGGAAGGACCCUGAUAAUUGCUAAUGCUGGGGACUGUCGAGCUGUGAUGGGGAAACGAGGUAGAGCAAUAGAGAUGUCAAAAGACCACAAACCAAAUUGUGCAUCUGAAAAGCUAAGAAUUGAGAAACUUGGUGGUGUGAUUUAUGACGGGUACCUCAAUGGACAAUUAUCUGUGGCUCGUGCUCUAGGAGACUGGCACAUGAAGGGACCAAAAGGCUCUGCAUGCCCUCUAAGUGCAGAGCCUGAGUUGCAGGAGACAUGCCUGUCCGAGGAAGAUGAGUUUUUGAUAAUGGGGUGUGACGGUUUGUGGGAUGUAAUGAGUAGCCAGUGUGCUGUGACGAUCGCAAGGAAAGAACUGAUGAUCCAUAAUGAUCCUGAAAGAUGCUCAAGAGAACUGGUCAGAGAGGCACUCAAGCGCCAUACCUGUGAUAAUGUAACUGUUAUUGUGGUUUGUUUUUCCCCAGAUGCACCCCCUCGGAUUGAGGUUCCUCAGAGCCGAGUCCGGAGGAGCAUCUCUGCAGAAGGGCUCAAUUUGCUGAAGGGUGUACUGGAGUGCAACUCAUGAGAUAGAAAGGAACUGACCAGUGAGUUAUGUACAGAUUUGCAAAGGUUUAAAAUCGGUGAGGGGGUCACGUUGUACCCCAAGUAGAUGCUUUUGCUGUUCGUGUAGCAUUUCUUUGAGUUCAGCCUCAUUCAAGGGAACAUUACUUAUACAGGGGGGUUAUAUGUGAUGUUGUAUAUUUUGUACACCUAACAAGCUCUGUGGACUGUGGUGUACCAUUGUGAAUACUUCUAUUCAUUACUUGAUUUCGACUACAAUAUGCGAUUCGUUCUCCACUUA